UUCCUUUUCAUUUCCCUACUAAUUGUUAUGCUUUCUUACUUUGUCAACAUGCUUCAAUUUUGGAUUUUGAAACGUCUGAGUAAUCUAAUCAAUCAAUCUUUCAAAUGGGUUUUUGUCAAUUUUGAAAUCCACCCAAUAUUUGUUUAUCAUUUCUCAUCAAGUGUUUUCAAUUGGUUUGCGUUAUCUUUGUUAUAUUCAACCGUUGCGGCGCAUUGAGUUCUUAUACAUAUAUAUAUAGAUGUAUCUUGUCCUUUUUUGGAUUUUUAUGUGUUUGGACACAAGGAAAACCAAUUAUUUCCACGCAGAAUAUCUGGGCUGGUUUUAGUUAUUCUUGUUUUGUCUUUUUCUCCUCAUCUUUCAACCCAGAUGCAGUAGCUAGAUAAUCCAAUUUCAAUUGAAGAAGUUUCUGGUUCCUUUGCUGAGUCAUAUAUCAAGCUAUUUGACAGAGGAGAGUAAUUGUUGCAUGAUAGUAGGCUAUGAACAGAGCAAUGGGUGACCGUCCAUAUGAGCUUGGGAGACCUGCAUCAGGUAAAAGAAGAUUAAAGGAUUUAUUGCUUGAAAAAGAUAAUCGUGUCUGUGCUGAUUGUGGUGCACCAGAUCCUAAGUGGGCGUCAGCAAAUAUUGGAGUAUUUAUAUGCUUAAAAUGUUGUGGUGUACACAGAAGCCUUGGUACACAUAUCUCAAAGGUCUUGUCUGUGACAUUGGAUGAAUGGUCUGAUGAUGAAAUCGAUUCAAUGAUUGAAGUUGGAGGAAAUUCUUCUGCUAACUCGAUUUACGAGGCAUUUAUCCCUGAAGGAAUAAAAAAGCCAGGACCAACUGCUAGUCAUGAUGAGCGUUCAAAAUAUAUCCGGUCAAAGUAUGAGCUUCAAGAAUUUUUGAAGCCUAGCUUGCGAAUUUCAUCAAUUUCUUCUGCAAAGACCUCUCUCCAAUCAAGUUUUUCUAGGAAGCUUAUGGAUAGUUUUCGGAGUUCAAAUUCACAUAAUUCAGAGGGAAUGGUAGAAUUUAUUGGUUUAUUGAAGGUGAAAGUAACGAAAGGCAAAAAUUUAGCUGUCAGAGAUAUGCUGUCCAGUGAUCCUUAUGUCAUUUUAAAUCUUGGGCAACAGACUGUUCAGACGACCGUAGUAAAGAGCAAUUUGAAUCCAGUUUGGAAUGAGGAACUCAUGCUUUCAGUUCCUCAGCCAUUUGGCCCCUUGAAGUUGCGGGUGUAUGAUCAUGACCUUUUUUCAGCGGAUGACAUAAUGGGAGAAGCAGAGAUUGAUCUUCAACCCUUAAUAACCUCAGCAAUGGCAUUCGGUGAUGCGGGAAUGUUUGGAAACAUGCAGAUUGGAAAAUGGUUGAAGUCAAGUGACAAUGCCCUCAUAGAUGAUAGCACUGUCAACAUUGUUGAUGGGAAGGUAAAACAGGAGGUGUCACUCAAACUUCAAAAUGUGGAAUCUGGAGAACUAGAGCUAGAACUAGAGUGGAUGCCUCUUGAACAAUAGGUACAUAUAUUGUUAUUCUUUCAAUUCUCUUCUAAUAAGAAUUUGUAACUUCGACGAGGAUAUUCGCAGGACAAUGAAACUGAACAACUUACCUUCUUUUUCUUGUAUUUAACUAUUCAUAUCCUAAAUAUCUCCCUUUUUCUACAAGUUACUCAGAUUUUGUCCAAUGAUGAAGAUGAGGUUGUAUGUCU